AUGACUUCAUCUUCUAUCAUUUGUGAAUCAUUCAAUUCAGAUAUUCAAUAUUCUGAAUUGACUCCAAUUGAUUUAAAUACUACGAAUACAAUUACAACAUCAUCUAAUAUCAUAGAUCCUAUUACUACUACUACUACUAUUAUUAUUACUCCUCCUCCUCCUGCUACUAAUACUACUACUACUGCUACUGUUACAAAUGAUAUAGAAAGUAGUAUAAUUCAUGAAAAUAACAAUUUACCUGUACGUUGUAAAUCAUUAGAAAUAAAAUCAACAGAAAAAUCUUUAAUAAAUUCUACUUCAAAGAAACGUCAUCGAAAAGAAUGUAUUAUAGAUGUAAAGAAACGAAGAACUGUGGAUGAUAAUAUGCUUCAAGUUGGUUCAAUGAUUCCUGAACCAUCAGCAGUUUAUAAUUAUACUACUAAUAAAACAUAUGAAUAUGAUGAAUUAAUUCAUGAUUAUCCAAAAUUUAAAUCUUUUAAUCAACAAGUAAAUAUGAAUAGAACGUAUUCACAUUGGAUGAAUUCAUAUGAACAGUUUGAAAAUAAUAAAGAAGAACUGACAAAUGAACUAUCUACAAAUCGUAUACAAUUAAAACAAUCGAUUAAAAAAGGCUCCACACGUGAGAAUAUACCAAAAACAUUGACGAAUAAUGGUAAUUGGAACACUUUCAAUGAUACAAUGAAUGUUAAUCAUCAUAAAGAUGAAAUAGAUAAUGAAUUAUCAUCUGCAUCGGAGCUUACAACUGCUGCGUAUAAUAAUUUUGUACGUCGUGUAGUUGAUGAUACAUUGGAUCGUACAGUGACAUUUUGUGAACAACCAAGACAUGCUAUAACAGCUUUAGAAAAUAUUUGUACAAGAGCAUGGCCUCAAUUAGAAGUGAAACGUCAUCGUAAUCGAAUACGUGCCUAUCUUAAGGCAUGUAGACGUAAUUCCAAAAAGAAUAAAGGUCAAAUCAAUAUGAAAGAACCACCGGCAAAUGGUUUGUCAAUUGAAGCUCGACAGCUUGUAUCAAAAGCGUUAACUUUAGUAGCUGGAGAUUUAGACUACUUAAGACAAACGAUGCAAGCAGAGAAAGUUAAAAACGAAUCAUUAUUUUCUUCAUCAAAAUUAGACAAUUCAAGUGAGAAAUCAUACUCUGCCGCUUCCACCACUAGGAAACGAUCUCCUACAAGUUAUUCAUCAAAAAUGAAUUUAUCCACCAUAACAACAACAACAACAGCAACAGCGAACAGUUUAGAUUUCACAGAUAUUUCUAAACCGAGACAUGAUCAAUUUGAAACUUAUGGCGCUGAUGGGAAUUAUUUAGCCACUGCGGCAGCGGCAGCAGCAGCUGCCACAGCGAUGGCUGCUGUUAAUCCAGCUAAUCUGUUGAAAUUAUUACCAACUCCAAUACAAUUAAACAAUAAUACAUAUUCAUCUAAUAAUAUUAAUAUAAAUACGACUGCUACUAGUACUUCCUAUUCUUUAACUACUUCACCUUUCACAUCAUCGUCAUCAUCAUCAGUAUUUUCAAAUUCACCUAGAUUAUUAAAUAAUGACAAUGUGAAUAAUAAUGAAAAUAUCAAUGUUACUACAACUACUACUAAUAGUAAUAAUAGUAGUAUUGAUUUUGAUGCGAAACAUGAUCAACUAUUAACUAUACAGGGAAAAUAUUCUAAACGAAAUAAAUUGUUAUCACAUACAACAUGGUUCGAUGAUGAUCAUUUGUUCCAGGCCAGUAAUAAUAAUAAUAAUAACAAUGGUAAUAAUGGUCACUCCUCAAGUCCUAAGUUGAAUGAGCAUAAAUUUAUAUCAUCAGAUAAAGAUUUCAAUAUAGAAUCAGAGAUAAACAGACAAUCUAAUUUAAUUAACUUUUAUCGUUUAUAUUUGUCAAAUGAUCCAAGCCAUAAUAAUAAUAAUAAUAACAAUAAUAAUGAUUUGAAAUAUUGUUCACCACCGCCUGCACAUAUUAGUUCAACUCAAUACAGUCCGAUAAUUAAUCAAAUAUUGGACAGACUAACAGAUUCAUCAUUAUUAACUCACAAUGAUGUGGAAUUUUUCAUACAAAAUUAUGAAAUUACCAAAGUUGCCAUUCAACAAGCACGUUGUAGAUCGAAUUUAAUUUUGAAGAAAAUUGAAAUUGUAGAAAAUCAAAUUAAAUCUUCUUCAAUAAUCAAUUCAAAGACAAUGCCAUUAAAUCUAUCUUGA